UGCCGCAGGUUGGAGAUCCUGACCUCGACAUGUCAAGGCAUGCAGCUAAAAACCGAGGGAAAAUCUCUAUCGAUAUAAGUUGUUCGAUAGUGUUCGUUCGGACAAACUGAGGCAGGGAAUAGCUAACACUUCACAGAAUACAGAUGUGAUCAUGGACAGCCUCCCGUUUAGUCAGUCGGGGCUCGGCACCCAGGGACAGGACCCCUGCUUUGUGGUCAUGAACUCCCAGGUUGAGGAGUCUCAAGAUAUGGCACAGGCGGUUAAGAUGAGCAACACAGGCAUGACCGGCCCCAGCAAACAACGGAUGCUGUGGGAGCUGGCGGCGUUGAGGGGGACUCAACCGAGUCCGGUCUUGACAGCAGCUGGAAACCUUAUUGAUAGCAACCCAACAUCAUCAAAGUCAAAAGGUGGGGAACAUCAGCAAAGCAAGAACUUUAAGGCACGAGAAAUGGCAGGAUCACAGCCCACAAACCCACAAGAAGGCGGAAGCCAAGCACCAAACCAAGGUGCCAAUCAACCGGGCAGUGCUGGAGGAAAUGACGGGACUGGUGGUAGUAACCAGGGCGACGAUGGGCAGGAUGCGGCUGAUGGAGCCGCUGGAGGUGGAGGGGAUGGUGGGAGUGAUGGAGGCCAAGGAGGAGGCGGAGAAGGGGACGAGGAAGAGGAGGAGGAAGACCAAGAAGAAACAGGGGAGGAGACAUCUCAGGACCAAGACACCAGCAGUAGCCGCAGUUCGGUGCCCAAGUUGGUCCCACCUCCAGCUCUCCGCACACCACCCAGGACAGUCCGAGUCAAAGAGAUUGUUGAGGGAGCUAGUGAGAGUCCAACCACAUCACCAGAUGCACCUGCUGGCCCUGAACAGAGCGACAAUGACCAAGGAGCAGGUAGUGAGAGAGGAGGUGGCGUCAGUGAUGCCCCCACGGCGGUGGUGGGAGAUAUCACUGACGAGGGGCAGGGGGCAGCCUCGGACUCCUCACCUCCCGAGGAGAGGAGAGGAAGAGACAAACAGGCCGGGGGUUCGGGAUUGAUGGACCCUCCGUUGCACUCUGUUGUGUCCAGGAAGGGAUCUUCAGAAACUAGUCAUUCCAGCAGCAGUAGUCAUAUCAACAGUUCCAGCAGCUACCGUACGUCACAUGACUCGGCAUCGAGCAGUCUCUCCAGCUCCUUAUCGGCAGCUUCAUCCAAAAGUGAUGGAGUGCCAACCACAUCCUCACGAUUCACACAAAUUAAGGAGCGUCCAUCCAAGCCUGGUGUGCCCAUCCCCCAAGCCCCCUCUCAGUUUGCCGAGUCGUUUCCAGAGGAAGGCAUUGGGGACACUGAUCCAGACCACCCUCAGUCCUCCCAGCAAGAUCUGUUCUCUGAUGUGGAGGAAAGAAAAGCUGACAGAGUCCGGGUGCUAGCCAGUGAGACCAGUGCCUCCGAAGACACGUCCGUCGCCGAGGUUCCGCCCACCCCGGAAGCUUACAAAUAUGGAAUCCAAGACACUCCUCCAGAGAGGCUGGGUCAAUCUCUGCCUCGUCGUAAGGUCCCAGGUAGUUCCUGUCAGCAAGGUGACCGUGUCCUUGCCAGCGAGACCAGUCUGUCCGAUGAUGCUUCCAUCACCAUCAUCCAGCCCUCCCCGCAAGCCUGGGGCACGGUCAUUGCUAACACACCGCCUGACAAGAUUGAGCAAUAUUCAAGGAGUUCCCGUUCUUUUCCCCGAGAUGGCAGUGAUCACACUCCCAGCACCCCCUCAGAGACUCUGGGCAGCCUCCACCUGUCAGGUCAAGCAGAAUUGAGAAGCUCAGAGGAGAGUGGACCUUCCAUCGUGCCGCCGACACUUGGCGCUUACGGAUCCAUUCCCAAACUGGUACCCAGCACCCCUACCGCACACGACGAGGAAGAACCGAUGGAGCUUAGCAUUCCGGAUGCUGAGAAUGUUGGCACGACAACGCAUCCUGCAAAAAGACCAAAGAGUACAGGCGACUACGAUGAUGAAUAUGGGAUCCCUGAGUGGCAGCAAGCUCUGAACAAGGAAGACCAGGCUGUGUUGUCUCGCAGCAGCAGUAAGUCCAGUAGCCAGAAGACAACGUCCUCAUCCUCAUCAGAGCAGUCCUCUGAAUUCCUUGGGAGAAUCUCGGCACAGUGGAGGGGGCAGCAAAUGGAAUCAUUCCAGGCAUGGCAACCAAGUAGUCAGCAGACAACAUCAACAACGUCCGAGGGGGUCUCAAGGAGCCGUCCUCCAUCCACUCAAUCUAAAUCAGAUGCAAGCUGGGGGAAACCAGAGAGGGACAAGGUUGCUGAGAAGCCCCGCUCUGCAAGCGCCCUUGAAGGGAAAAGUGGAAAAGAGGAGGGCCCGCCAUCACAGAGGUUUCUCAGCCAGCUGCCAAGAGAAAUACCAGCAAUUCCAACGCCAGUUUCCAAAUCUGACCAAGGGAAACCUCCACCAUUGCCCGGCAAGCCUGCACCCACCCCGUUAGCCACCUCCCAACCCCACCAAGACCCGCCGGGGAGGUCAACAGAACGGGGGUUGGAAGAGGUUUUAUCUGAAAGAGAGGCUAGCCAACCAAAGGCAAGCAAAACGUCCUCAUCAUGGUCUUCAGAGGACAGGCAGGAGGAGAGAGAGGAGGACAAGCAAACGGACAGAGGUGGUUCGUCCAGUGAUUGGAUGCUGCACUACACGGCCACUCAGACGGAGACCGAGCCUGAAGCUGUGGAAGAGGAAACCGGAAAAGGAAGGGGUAACAUAGCGCAACAUCCUUCAAUGCACCCCCCAACACGUCCCCCUGCACUGCCCUCCUCAGUACCUGGUCAUCAGGAGGCAGUGGUACCAAUCACAGCUGCCAAUGGAACAACAGCAGAUGCGCACACCCUGAUGAGCUACACUGACGUAACCUCCUCAUCCACAACUGCAUCCUCAGAUGGCAAGAAAACAGGGGAUGGUGACAAGGAAUUGCCGCAGGAAAGGAGAGGAACAGAUGCAGCUCCUGUUAAAAGAGGAGGUACGAGAACUUCUCAAGCUAAGGGUAAGGGUCCUCAGUCACUGACAGAGGCUCAAGCCACCGAUAAUCCCAAGCACAGUGUCAGCCUAGCCACACCGGGCAUUGCAUCACAGAGUGCAGACCCAGCAGAAUCGUCCAGCAUCGACUUUCACCUGAGUCUUCCCAGGGAGGCCGGGUUCAGACCGGCUGGGAACGUGACCCUACCCUCGUUGGCUCAUCGCCAGAAGGAAGGAUCGUCAUCCCGUGAGUCGAUUAGACACAGCACUCCUAUCAUGGAGGAAAGCCCUAGUAGGCAGAAGGGUCAGGAAACGACUGCCACAUCAACCGCUGCUCAGAAGGAUGAAGCUCCGAAGUUGGUACUAUCAAGCACCCUGACUCUUGGUGCAGAGAAGGAGCCAGAUACUCAGACCAGCACUGAAACACCUGUCUUUCAGCUUGAACGACCUUCGGAUGCUGCACAGCUUAUAAAAGCAGCUCAUGAAAGCCCCGCUAAAAAAUCCACGUCAGUCUUCUCCAAGGUGAGGGAAACUAAGAUGGCAGCAGGCCAGGCAAAGGUCAAAGGUCAAAAAUCCUGGAGUGGAAGAGCAAAAUACAAUGAAAGUGACGAUCCUUUUGCCUUGUCUCAAGAUCGGCCUCACACGUCAAGCCGGCAACCCACAGAACAUGUACCGUAUAAGCCACCAAAGCAGACCCAGGGAGAAGAGGAGGAUGAGGAGACUAUUCCUGUCUGUUACCAGGAGGACGAAGUUGAAGCCACAACAGAGCAACAGGAACUGGGGGAGGAAACAGGUCGGGACAAAAAAGGCCAGAGACAAAUGGCUGAGCCAGAAAAUCAACUUGAAGAGGAGAGAAAGAAGGCUGGAGAAAGGACACCAGAAAAGAGAAAACAGGAGAAGUCAGAGAAGCCAGCACUGAGCAGCAGGUUGACAAGAAGUGGUCAAAAGAGGAAGCUGCAGGAAGAGCAGAGGUCGAGAAGAGGAAUGGCCAAGAAGACGAGGUUUGAAGAAGCUGAGCGGGGAGAGCUGAGAGAGAAGCCUCCUGGCCAGAGGGACCCAUACGACUUCUCUGACUCGCAGUCCAACAAGACUCCCUCCCCGAUGAAAAGGAACUCCCGCACCAGUGGGUCGAAGCCACCGACAGAAGCUAGUCCUAGGCAACAGGGGUCUCUGUUUAGGUAUAGAAGUGCUCCAACGCCGGGGCACAAAGUACGACCUGUAAGAGACGUACCCACAGAACCAGCAACCAUAACGAGUGCAACGGCUACGGCGUCGGUGCCUCACGAGACGCCAAAAAGACAGAAGAAGGACAAAGAGAAGGAUGCCUUUCCUCCAGCACAGGAGAAGACUCCACCUGUAGAGGAUGUCUUGAAAGCAUCUAGGCUUGAGGGCGCACUCCCUGAGACAAAAUCGCCAUCUGUCAUGAAAACAUCCUUGGCACGGGGAAAACGAGCAGGGAUUGGCCGGCCAAGGCUGGCCUCACAACAGAUCCUACAGGCCCAGCAGGAUGAUUCGUCUCCAGAUUUCCAGCCAGAUCAACCCAGGGAGAAGGCAGGGGUCAAGUUCAGGAGGUCACCACGCAAAAAAUCAUCUCAGAAACAAGACAAACCGGCAGCUGGUGAGUCAACUGCUGGUGAUCCACCCCUUUCCCACCGGCACGUUGUCCGGCAAACUGUGGUUUUUCGGGUUGUCGUUGAGAAGAUUAUUGUGGACGGCAAAGUGGUGAAGACAUGGGAGACGCGGGAACAAGUGGAGCCUGUUGUUGAAACAAUUGAAGAUGAGGAUAGCGUGGAUUUUCCUUCUCCGUCUCGUUCUAUCAGCUCCCUGACCUCAGGAUCACUGGCUGACGUCAGCUCGAUGUACUCCAAGACAUCUGGCUCCUCCCCGAGUCUUGUCAGGACCCUUAGUGGCAGCGGUGGGACGCUGUCCAAGCACAGCAGCUUCUCCAGCAUCUCGCGCACUGGCAGCUCUCUCAGUAAGCAAACCGUCAGCUCUCCUGGCUCAGACAAGAGUACCCCCAGCCUGAAUAAGAGUGUGAGCUCCCCCGGUUCCGACAAAAGCCCUGGCAAUGAGAAAAAGGCCGGCGGUGAAUUGUUAAGCCCAGGGGCUGCUGGCCCUUCACUUCCCAGAAGGGUGUCUUUCACUAGGGAAUCAAAUAAGCCAGCUUCCCUGAUUAGGAGUUCAUCUGGCAGCAGUGACGAGACCCGUCACAGGACAAAUCUAGAUCCUGAUGUUGUCUUUCAGAGGCCACAUCAGACUCCGAGACGGAAGGUAGAUCAACAGCAAGGCAGUGGUUUGGCCGAGAGGAUGUCCUUACCAGUUUCUGAAGAGGUCAGGAGUCCACAAGAAGGUGUAACCCAUGAGCCAAAUAUAUCUGCAACAGAGGUUGUCAAACUAGUGCAGCUCUCACAGGAAAGUGCUCCCGCAAAGGAAACAACUAGAGAGGAUCGAUCUCCCAAAAGGAGUCCUGAAAGUAAAUUAUCACGAAGGCGAACAAGAGACAGAACAUCUGGCUCCUCCUCAUCACCGCAUCCUGCAUCUUCUUCACCCGUAAGAAGAUCUUCAAGAGUAGGGUCAACUCAAUCCGAAAGAGAUACUGUCAACAGAAGGCCAGUGCCAAGGACUCGCUCUACACCUGAGAUAGAAACAGUCCCAAUCACUAGAUCAGUAUCUCUGGCAUCUGCUGAGAAAGACAAGAAAUCAGCAAGGAGGCCAAGGGAUAAGGACCAAGGCCCUGCAGUGGCAGCUGCAGGGACUGGCAAAGCAUCCCCUGAUGGAUCUAAGAAAUCAACGCCAAGGACUCCCUCAGCUGAGCUUUCUUCUCAGGAGCAGCCCAGGUUAGAGUGUCAGAGAAGAGGAACAAGAAGGGAGCCUGUCACGAGUCCACCAAAUAAAGAAGAUAUACAGCUGGGUACAGAAGAGAAAGAGCACAUACCAGAGGAACUUAGGAUAUCAUCAGAUUUGGAAAGACGCACUUCAAGGUCAUCAAGAAGCAAAGGGAAAAGUAUUACUCAAAAGAAAACAUUGUCACCCACUACCCAAAGGAGAACAUCAACCCUUCCAGAGCAGUCGACUAAACCAGUGACUUCUGAAUCCUCUUCCUACCUUCCCCGGGACACACUGUUGGAGCCUCCAGCAGGUGAGACUCUACCAGUUGCUGAAGGGGAGGGUUCCUCACUGCUGCCUGGUACAAAGGUCUACACCAAAUGGCUAGAUGGCUUCUGGUAUCCGGGCACCAUUCUUUGCCAGGAUAAAUAUCUGAGGUACAUGAUAGAAUUUGACGACGGGGAUCGCCGCGCUGUGAACGAACGUGAUAUCAUCAUUAAGGAAUGGCUUAGCCGAGGCCAGAGCGUCAUGGCCAAGGAUGUUGAUGGCUACCACUAUGCAGGUUUGGUUGUUGGAUAUUACCAAGAUGUGGAUAGAAAUACCAGUGGCUAUGUCAUUGAGCAGACAGACUCCCACGAAACAUCCAGAUAUGAGAGGCAUCAUGUGAUCCUGACCAAAGACCAGGCAGCUAGUCUGGUCAGCAGCACUAGUGGUAGUAGCAAUACCAGUGGCAGCAACGUCAUCAGCCUCGACAACGUGGUGUACAGCAAACGAACUAGGCUUCGCAGUUGUCUCCUUGAGAGCCCAAGUGGCGGUGCCAGGGUGGAAAAACCACGUCAGCAAACGCCCAGACCACCGCAGAAGACAACACCGUUGCGGCAGGGGGUUAAAAGGAAGCUGGUGCCCUCGGAGGAACAGCCAAAGAAAGACACACCUUCCCCAAGGAAGAGAGGCAGAGCAGCUGCACAAGGUGUUCUCACACCGAGCCCUGAGCUCACCAUUAGCCCCCGUCGCUCACCGCGCAAGCGCCAGCAACCAAAGCAGAGUCCACAGACAGAGGAAGCCCAUCCCAUGGCUGUCCACAUGGGCCCCCUGCCUAGGCAAGCUACACUGUUCCGUAACCACGCCUUCCUGGUGACUCACGGCGAGGUCAAGAAGCCCCCCAAGCAGAUGUCGUCAUCGGACGAAAGCAGCGGAGAAGAACAUGAUAAUGAGAUGGAGAUGGUGCCCUUUGACCGUGCCUAUGCCGUUCAACAGAUCCAGUCUGGAGGAGGGCUGGUUUUGUCUGACUUCAACAAGUCACAGAUUACCAAGAUGAAAGUACUGCUGAUAGCCAACACCUACUGCCGCACCAAGAAAUACUUCCAAGCCCUGGCUGCCGGCAUUCCCUGCAUCUCCCACCUCUGGCUACGAGACUGCUGUAAAUCGGGGAAAUUGGAGAACUACAGGAGCUACCUCCUGCCCGCUGGCGAGAGCCUGGAAGAAAAUGCACUGAUGGAAAUCCAACCAAAUCGCUCCAUUCUUGCUGGUAUGAGCAUGUGUAUGGUGUCCGACCUCGAGGGCGUUCAGGACACAUGGAGAUCCAUCCUCAUAGCUGCUGGAUGCCACAUGGUCUCCAGACUACCCUCCAAUCUGGAAUUGACUAAAAAUCCAGAUAUUUCGCUGGACUGUGAUGUAAUCGUGACGGAUCCGUCCUGUCCCCGCUCCCUCCUCCACCGUGCCCAACAGCUCGACAUCCCCGUGGUCUCCUGUGAGUGGGUCAUCCAGUGCCUCAUCAACGGCGUCAGGGUGGACUACAGGGGUCAUGAGAAGUACAGGUGGAGCCACCGCGACAAGCCCCCAAGGUGAAUGCUGGAAGAAGAUCUGUUGUUUGGUCUGGUCUCUACUUGCCUUCUGAGACAUUCCUCACUCUGAAACUAUGAACUGUCGGACUGGGGGAAAUGUGUCUGUCUGUGAGAGUCUCAAGUUUGAAUGGUUCAGAAUGCAGGAAUCUACAGAGUGUAUAGUAUGUACAUGUACUAAUGCAGGAUAUAUACAGCACUCCCUCUCUCCAUACACCACUCCUCAUAUAAUGACCUGCUCUACAAAACUGAGUCACGUCGCCAGAGCCACUUUUGAGUCAGUGGCCUUUUUACAGAAUCUUGCACAGUGCUUAAGCAAUAGCAGUCCUCGACAUUUUAAAAUCUACACAACGUUCACUUCCAUCAUACCAGACUGAGUGACACAUCAAGACAUAAAGCUCAAAUUCCUCAAUCCAAUACAGAGCAAAACUCAAAAGGUGGCUCCCUUGACAUGGGACUCAUUUUUGCGGAGCAGGUCGUGUAUCAUAAAUAUAAAGGUGCUUCAUAGCUCACAAAUCACACCCAGAAAAUCUGUGUGUGCUUGUUUUUUACAAGAUUGUUUGAAUAAAGAAAAUGUGUCAAGGGUACUAUUUGGCAGUUUUCUAGUCAGUCUAUCCUUAGUCUAUAUCAAGUCCAGGGACUGGCCAAUUCAGUCUUGUGCCAGGUCAUAAUCUAUUCAUUGAAGUUUUCUAAGAGUACUCCUUUAUCCUUGUUUAUCGUUGCACUUAUGUACGCCUGGACUUGUGACUUGACAUUUACGGGGAUGUAUGAUCGACUUGACUGUGGCACUGGUUCUAGAUUGGAAAGGAAUUUACAGUCACUAUUCCAUGAAUUUUUUCUCCUGUAAUUACAUCAGAGGUUUGACAGCAUCAGUUUGCUUGACUUAGACAUUGAGGUAGUCAUAAAUGGGAAUGAUAAUGAUAUAGUUUUGAAGUAGGGGAUUUUGGAGAUGUUGGACAAUUUCCCCUUUGAGAUCUGUCUUGCUUGUGCGAAAGAAUGACAAAGAAUCAUUGGGCCUGUCCAGUUUGUUUCCCAAUGGUAAUUUUGCUAUGCAAAUGAAUCUGUAGAUUGCCAGUUGAUGUGUUCCUGGGUAAAGGCCGGUUCAUAAUUACAGACGAAUACGAAAGUGAAGCGAAUUUGAUGUCAUGAAAGAUUUGCAGUGAAAUUUUGCUCGAGUUGAAAUGUGUUUGAGUUUUGUGAAUUUGUAGUGCAAAUAUUUGAUCUGACGUUACAAAUUCGUGUUUGCUUUCGCUCCAACUAUGAACCGGCCUUAAGGGCUCCCUGUGCCAACAAGAGAUGGUAGAAUGUAGGUUGGAGAGAAUGGAUACCUGCCAGUUACCCCAUGACUGGCUGGAGAGAAUGGAUACCUGCCAGUUUAUACCCCAUGACUGGCUGGAGAGAAUGGAUACCUGCCAGUUACCCCAUGACUGGCUGGAGAGAAUGGAUACCUGCCAGAUACCCCAUGACUGGCUGGAGAGAAUGGAUACCUGCUAGUGUAUACCCCAUGACAUGAUUUGCCAGUUAUUCAGUUUUCUUCACGUUGCUCAUUUCUUGAAAAAGAGUCAUAUUCAACAAAGCCUCAGUUUGCAGACGUGGAUUAGACUUUCUUGUCUUCGUCAAUGAGUGCACAGGUAGCCUUAAAAUUAACCUGCAAUCGUGAACUUAGGGCUAGAAAAGUCUGAACUCACGUACAUAAAAAAUUCCAGUCUAUUCAUCAGCAGCUGUAGAGAGUAGGAAACUUGUUGACAACAUAACAUACAUGUACAUGUAAAGUAGAAUUUUUAUACAUUUUAUAUUUACCUUGCUACAAGGCUUACUCCAAAGUGAUGUAAGAAAACACCAACUUUAACUUACGUCUUGGAGCAAAAUUUACUGAAAUGUUGGUUGCCCAGAUUACUGAUAUAAGAACAGUAAUGAGUGUUUAAUGUAUUAAAAACAUUACAUUUAUUAUUGUAAAUAAUUAUUUUGCAAAAAUGGCCAUGGAAUUAUGUAUUUUUGACAUUCUUAGAGUAUUGUUUUUAAUACAAGAUUUGGGAGAAAUGACAGUUAUUUUCCCUGAAAUACAGCGUUUGUAUUUGCUUGUUGAUACAUUUGAA